AUGUUAUUACAUUUAGAAGUGUAAUGCUUUGAUUUCCUGUUUGUCUUUUAGAUGUGGAAGGUGUGGUCCAGUUGUUGGAGGGGCUCAGCGGCAGUCUGCUGGCCAGUCUUAAGGAGGUCCUGGUAGAGAGAAGCCAGCUCACCCUGGGCAAGGAGCUUGGUAAAGGAGAGUUUGGCUCAGUUUAUGAAGGGCUCUUUACGCCAGACGACGGUGUGGACAUCAAGGUGGCUGUAAAGACCAUGAGAGUUGGAAUCCACAGCCAGGAAGACUUACAUGAGUUUUUGAGAGAGGCAGAGAUCAUGAAGAACUUUGACCAUGAAAAUGUGGUCAAACUGCUUGGGGUUACUUUACAGAGAGAACAGGACUCUUCUCUGCCUGUCCCUCUGGUCAUCCUGCCUUACAUGAAACAUGGAGACCUGCGUCGCUUCCUAAUUGCUACACGAUAUGGUGAUAUUCCGAUGUUUGUGCCCUAUCAGAGUCUCCUGCGCUUCAUCAUUGACAUUGCAGCAGGGAUGGACUAUCUGAGCUCCCGGGGGUUCCUGCAUAGAGACCUGGCUGCACGCAACUGCAUGCUGGGUGAUGACCUUAGGGUGUGUGUGGCUGACUUCGGCAUGUCCAAGAAAAUCUACAGCAGCAACUAUUAUCGUCAAAAAGUAGCUAUCCGUGUGCCAAUCAAGUGGAUGGCCAUAGAGAGCCUCUCUGAGUCUGUCUACACCACCAAAAGUGAUGUGUGGUCGUUUGGGGUGACCAUAUGGGAGAUUGUGUCACGGGGGAGGACUCCCUAUCCUGGAGUUCACAACUACGAGCUGCUGGACCUGCUGCUGUCCGGACACAGGCUCAAACCACCUGAGGACUGUGACCAAAAACUUUAUGAAGUGAUGCGUAGCUGCUGGGACAGCGAGCCGACCCGCAGGCCUGACUUCAGGGAACUGGGCGACACACUGAAAGGUCUUCUGUCGGAACUGCCAGAGCUGGAGGCUAGCCAGGAGGCCAGCUACAUCAACCAGGGCCUGGAGCUUGCUGCUGCUGGUGCUGCUGCUGCCUCUCGGGACCCUCAGACAGAUUCUGGGGGACGAUGGGAGAAUGAGUACCUGCCUUCUCCUGUGGGUGCUACUGCAGCCAGAGAUGAGGAAAUAGAGGAUGGCUACCUUAAGUUUAUUACUGGCUCAGCAUUUAAGGGGGACGAUAAUGCCUAAAAAAGUGAUUUAUAAAUCACAAAAUUGAAUUCUGUAUUAAAGUGGACUUCUAAUGAACUGUGUGAGAGAGAUGCAGAGAUAUUGUAUGUGUGUUAACUGCUUGGGGGCGUUUUCCAGACAAGCAGGAGACAGCAAGGGUUGUGCCACUCAUCUGACUGACCACCAUGGCUGCCCCCAUGUACUCAAUAUGGGUCCUAUGUUC